AAUAACCCUCCACUCAGUAUCCUCAUAAUAUGGUACAUUUAGGACAGCGCUCUCAGGGUUUAUGUUCUCAUCAUUUCUCCCCAAGGUUGAGGCUCUGAGUGAUGCAGUCUCUGUUUGGCGGAGGGGAGCUGGGGCUGCUGGGAGGAGGCAGUGAUGCGGGGGGCCUGAAGGAGGAUGGCUGCGGCAGCGUGGCGUGGCACUCCUCCACGCUGCCCGCCGAUGACGUCUACUCGGCCUCACACUUUGCCCUCAUCACGGCCUAUCAGGACAUCAAGACUCGGCUCGCCUGCCUGGAGCGGGAAAACACCAGCAUCAAGAGGAAACUCAAGAUCUACGAGAUCAAGUUCCCGAUGAUCAGUGAGUUCGGGGACAACACCAACUCCUACUGCUCCUUUGAGAGCAAAGAGACGGCGCUGCUGCAGUCAGAGAACGGCAACCUGCAGCAGAGAGUCAACGUCCUAACCCAUGAGCUCCAGAAGAGGAAGGAGCGAGAGGAGCAGCUGGAGGACGUGAUCCAGGCCUACGAGAAGAUUCACAUGGAGAAGAGCAACCUCCAGAGGGACCUGGACAAGAUGACUAGCCUGGUGGAGAAGCAUGUGGAGCGGAUCCUGGGCCUGGAGUCGGCUUUGAGGCAGAGAGACAGCUCGCUGCAGAAACUCAACAUGCAGUUGCACAGCAAAGACAUGCAGUACCUGCAGCUGCACGCUGGACCAGACACUCACAUGCUGGAUUGUCCGGCCAUGACCCUGCAGAGCUCCCGUAGCCUGGACGCCCUCUCCGACUUGAAGCUGCAGCGGCUGGAGGCGGAGCUUGAAGGGGCGCGGCAUGAAGCCCAGGGGGCGUGUCAGCGAGAGGAGGAGCUAAAGGGGGAAUGUGAGAGGCUGAAGGAGGAGAUGAGGAUGCUGCAGAACAACCAGAGGGAACGGGAAAUGACUUCUCCUUGCAAGCAGUGUGAUGUGGAGUGGAUAAAGAAGGUGGGAGACGAGCAGGUGAACCUGGCUCUGGCCUACACGGAGCUAACAGAAGAGCUGGGACGCCUCCAAGCUCUGAGCUCCAAGCAGACGGAGAUCCUGAGGAAAGCCUCACAGGAGCAGGCUAGUCCAGUCCAGCGCCACUCUCCCAUCCACCACCAGCGUCACUCCCCGGUAUCUCAGCGCCACUCGCCUAUCUCACAGCGCCAUUCUCCCGUCCCACCACCACCACCACACCACUCCCCGAUCCAGCAGAGACGUUCCCCGUCGCUGCAGCGUCUCUCCCCGGACAUGCACCGCCGCUCCCCGCUGCUGGACAUCAACGACGGUCCGGCCUCUUACUCCUGCCGGCCGCCCAGUCAGCACCUGAGGGCCAGCUUCCAGGGUCGCCGCAGUUACUCAGAGGUUGCCGACCCCUCUGCUUACCAGUGCCCGCCCCGCUUCUCUCUGGACCCUGUCUCCACCCUGCCUAAGCCCCGCCCCUACAUCGAUGGCUACACCAAACAGCAGCAGCAACACGUGGGCUCUCCUCAUGGUGGACUGCAGCACAGAGGCUCCCCGUCCUCUCAUCAAGGAGGCGCAGGAGGAGACGGAGGCCACGGGGAGGCAUCCAUGCGCCACUCAAGGGAGAUGCCGUUCCCACUCUCAGAGGUGGCCCAUCUGCAUUUUGAGCCACCUCCUCCUUCUACACCAGCCCCCCAGCCUCCACAGUCCUCUGAGGAUGAGGAGGAGUGGACCUGCCCUCAUCCCAUCAGCCCACCACGGACACUAGGAGUGCUUUCUUCUGCAGUACCCAGUGGCAUCAUGAGGGGCCCCGCGUCCUGCUCGGCCUUCCCCAUCCCUCAGAGGUCUAACACGCUCACCUGCCACCCACAGCCGGGAUACAUGUCAGCAGAGCACGCUCAGUCCUGGCCUUCAAUUAAUCUUUGGAUGGAGACGGAGGAGAGCGACAUGCGGAGCUGCCCCCUCUGCCAGCUGAUAUUCCCCGUCGGUUACCCCGAUGACGCGCUCAUCAAGCACAUCGACUCCCACCUGGAAAACAGCAAGAUCUGAUCGCCAUGGCAACCAGCCCGCACACAUCUGCGCUCUCUCCUCUUAUAGAUUAUGUAAGAGGUUGGCAGAGCCGGCCUAAAGGGAAAGAAGUCACAACGUAGAAUCACCGGCGAUGAUCCAUUUAGGGAGCGAACACGCUCAGUCCGUCAGUAGGGAUGCAAAACGUGCGCAGUUAUUUAGAGAAGCACUAAAACACGAGUAGAUUUGUGAGGAAGGGUCCUUUAAUGAGAGCUUCGCCUGUACUAUGACUGGCUCUGGUUGCUGAUGUUUCGUUACGAGUCUUGUCGUGUGGUUUCAGGCAGUUUCAGGUGUUGUGUUGUUUUCUGCUUCACGGUGUAGUUUGCACACUUUGAUUUAGCAAAGUAAGCCAAAGACAAGGUAGGAGAGGCAGGCGGGAUGGAUCAGGGGCUCUGCAUGUUGAAGAGUUAUUUUCAGUGUUACAGUUACGGAUCAGGGAGAAAUGAGGUGUUUUUUCUCACAGCGUACAACACGGUACACCUGCUCGGACAUUUUUGUUACUUACUCAAACUACAGGAUAUUUUAGAAGAUUAUUUGUGGGUUUGGUGGAAGGAGGCUUCUGGGAACGGUCUGGCGGAUGUACAAAGUCAUUUUAUGGAAGUCUUUGGUACUGAAGUUGCCCUUUUUACACAUGCGCACCCACAUUUUCUAGAAGAUUUCAGGGCAGAUUGUUGCUAAAAUCUUUCUGUGUUGCUCGUUCACACGUCACUCACAGCUGUAGAAUUCCCCCGAUUGAAAUGUCUCACAAGGCAAGGCAUAGCAUAACACUAACUGCAGGCUGUAGGGUGAACAAUAAAUAAAAAACAGUGGAGAGAGCAACCAAGACUGACACGAUAACUAAUCAUAAUGUGCUGAUUGUAAUUUAGAUGUAUUUACAGUAUUAAGAAUGCAUGGAAAAGAGCAUAGAAGAAAAUUUCCAAUUUCCAUUUCCCUUUAAUUGCCAACUUGUGGAAAUACCAAAAACGUAUGCACUGUUUCUGUUUCUCUCUGACUUCUGAGAACUUUGUUGCAUACCAGCAGAAGGUAAACCUACAGGUGUGUAGCCAGCCAUUGUAACUACCAAGCUUUUACUUUAUACAGACAACCCUGUUAGGAAGAAUUUUUGGAAGAUAGUGACGAUUUCAACUAGGGAUGCACCAAUGCAUGCAUGUUUAACACUUGUUUCUAUUGACAAACAUCAGCUAUUAGUAGCCAGUGUUCAUAUGUUGUGUCAAAUCAAUUUAAAGCUGGCAUCUAGUUUGCCUAAACCUUUAUGAAAUCAGAUGUUUUCUGCUGGGAAGAGGUAGUAACCUGUUGGGCAAAAAGCAUUGUGUGUGUAACGCCAAAAGAGGCAAUAAAAAAUCAUUAGCAGUGUAAGCAGUUGGCUGACUUGUCAUUUAAAACAUCAGUAUGGGCUCUCAUGUUCAAAAUUUGUUCUCACAGCCAUGUAACAGAGAUUAAAUUGAAAAGUUGCACACUCUUUAAUUUGGCACAGCACCGAGGCACACGAGCUUAAGCAAAUAACCAAAAUAUAUGAAGUGUUCUGUAUUGCAAUGUCUAUAGGCAUGGCAGUUUUGUCAGUUUAAGGAUUUUAAAAAACAUCCAAAAAAUAACAGUUUCCAUGUGCAAAGGCUUUCAAAAUGCUCAUUCACUUUUAAAACUCCAUAUUUAUUAACUUUUUUGUUCAGCAGCGAAGAUUGCACGUGUUGUGUACCAAUGUGUAAAACAAACAUCCUGCAACUUCAACACCCGCCUGCUCACUCACAGCUAAUUUCCCUGGAUGUUACCUACCAGGUUCACACAUCAGCUCAUCAUGACUCAUACUGAGAUUGUUCUAAAGGACUGGCAGGAAAAAGCAUAGCUAAAAUCUGUGUGAAAAUCUCAGCUCCAAAUGUUUCAGGAGUUUUGUGCAUGUGUGAUAAGGGCUUUUUGUUGUGAGCCGUUUAUUGAUCAGGGUUUGAUGCCACUUCACUUUCACUUCUUUUAAACUAGUCAGUAUGUUUCCACGGAGGUAAAGAAAGACUAAAACAUUCCAGUUUCAUCUUUACACAGGAAAGCUGGGGGUUAAUGAAUGUGAAGGUUUGUUUGGUGGAGCUUGACCCUGAGUUGAGAUGAUGCCCUGCAGGGCGGGGCACCGAUCUUCACACAUCUUCUCACAAGUGGAGAAACCGUUUUUUUUUUUGUUUUUUUUUCAGAAUAUACCUUUUUUUUUGCUUGCAGCCUGUUAAAAACCUAAGUAUCUUAGCACUUUAAGUUAGCAUAGCCUAUAAAAUGUAUUGGUUUUCAGUCCCCGUAUAUAUUUUCCUCGAUUAUUUACUAUUUAUAUUGUCAAUCUGUAAGGCAAAAAAUAUGGAGAUAUAUUUUUGCAAAUGUAAACGCACCACGUGUCUCAUGUUGGUGUCUCCCUUGUGCUUGUACACUGAUGUAUAUAAGGAGUAAUGGAGGCGUUAUCCCAUCACAUGGGGUUGUUUUUUCUGUAAAAAAGACUUUCAAUUUUCUCCUGGGAUUCCCCGCGGUCUUCCUAAAGAUCUGACUUUUAAACAGUUUGAUGUCACGACUGCCCAGACCACCCAACAAAAAACAUGAGGAGACACAGCCGGCUCAUAUGGGAUGAAGAUUUCUGGACUGUUCUGAAGACAAAUCUGCAGGAUUUGAAGCAUAUUUGCAGGAAGAGCAUCUCCAACAGCAAAGUAAUCUCUGCAGGGUUUCAGCAAAGACACUUCUCUUCUUUUAAAUCAAGGGUUCCGUUUUUAUCAGAUCUUAACUUGCUUGUUUUUGACAGAAAAAGAAAAAAACACAAAGUUACACUGAUGUCAGCUAACUUGAGGCUUUCAGUUACAUGUUUUUAACAUAGGGGACGUCCCUAAACACCCACUAACCCACCCAUACAUUUAACACGGUUUUAAGAGGCUGAGGAAAUGAAAUAAGGCAGAUGAGAGUACACAGGGCAGUGAUGUAAGGUUUGCAUCACCUAACUUCUACCCACCUGAAGAACUUUUGAUCAAAACAUUCAGUCCCAUCACUGUAAAGGCUUUGCUCGGGGCUUUAAGUUUCCCGUAAGAGCUCAAAACAACAGGAAUUUUCUAAAGGGCAACAAAGAACAUGUGAUUAAAGGAUAACUCUGGUUUAUGUACCCUAGUUUAUUAGAUAUGGAGACUCACUGCAUUGUUAUAAGGACAUUGCACUUCAACCACUUAAUUGCUGAAAUCUCUGACAGCACUGAAAAUCGGUAGAACUGAUCAUAGAUAAGCUGCUGCACUGCUGCUUGCAGACUAGCUUGCAAGCUGAGCAUUUGUUGCUUUUCGAUACUGCUGACUCUCUCCUGAGUUCUUAAACUGGUCAAAAAAAAAAAGUAUAAGAAUCUGGAAGUAUCUCUCACUUAUCUCAACAGCUUAGCUUGACUGUGCAGUAACCCCACAAAAAAUAUCUGGAAAGCAUAUUUGUACGACAGUUUUCUUUUUCAUAGCUGUUGAAUUUUACUGCUCAACUUUUUUACUUCUUGCUUACCGCUACUAUGACUUCCUCUAUUUUGAGAGGGGUCUGGCUGCAGACCGUAGUUUUCAGACGCCCCCUCCUGCAAGUCGUUACUGUGAGAUGCCAUGUCUGUCAGGACCAAAAUACACGCUAAAACUUUCAAAAUAAAACUGUUACACUUCCAGUGAGGUUAGAGUAUGGGCUAAGGUAAAGGUUAGAAUACCAAAAGUUAAAAGUCAAAAACCUGACCAAAUCAAAUUACAAAACGUUUAAAGUCCCUGUAAAAUGAUGAAAAAUAAAUCUGUCUUUUAGGAAUGUUGUAUGGCAGGCAACUAUGUUAUGAACCACCAGGCCAAAUUUCAGUCAUCAAAAACAUCUCUAAGUUGAUAAAAUUAAGCUUCAAAAUCAUGAAAAAUGAGGCGGUAAAAUCUGCUCCAGGAUGGUGCAGCAUGUGAUUUAAUUAGAUGAAGCCACGCCCACUCAUGAGGAACACAAACGUCUCACAUUUUUUAAAAUAAUUCUGAUCAGAGAUAAGCUCCUUGGCUCUGUGCCAGAGUAGAGAGACUGAAGCUAGGCAUUAAACCUACUGUUUUCUGGUACAAAUCUCUCUUUUAUGAUGCUUUUAAUGACCUGUAGGUCACUGUAGCUGGAAAAUUUAGGGAAUUUACCUCACAGUGAACAAAAACAUGGCAUGUAGCUUGCCUAUAACUCACAAUGUGAGCAAUGUAGACAUCAGCUAACAACAGACUGUACUGAGAUGAACUACUUGGUGGUUUUAUAUCAUUGUAGCGUUAGGGGGGCGGGGCAAUUCCCCAUCCACACUGGUGAUAUCAUGGGCUCCUAUAUUUGCCCUGCUCAAAUAAAACCAGGCCAGAAAAGAUGGUCUAAAUCCAAAAUCCAGUCACACUAAGAUCUCAGUGUUUUCACAUGUUUACAGCAUUAUUAGUCCAACAUGUCUAGUGUGUUAAGACAUAAAGUUUAGAUUUCACUUUACAGGGACUUACCUAGAAAACAGCAGUGUAAACAGGAAUAAAGCUUGUCCAUUAAAACAUUCUAAUGCAGCCAGUGUAGCUCACUUAGCUCUGUUAGCUGCAAAAGCUACAUAUAUAGCAGACCUUUGUCGCCAACAUUACUAAAGCUAAAGCUCACGAAUUGCAUGGAUGUCUAUACAAAGGAAGCUACGAAGUUAGCAUUAGCUAUGUAAACUAUAUGUCUACUUUAUAUGGUGCCCAGCUACAUUAGCUUUUGCUACAGCUUCUAAAGCUCACAUUGCAGCUAACUCAGCUACAUUGGCUUAGGAAGUAACAUUAACUAUGUAGAUAGCGUAGCUAUGUUAGCUUUGCUAAAGCUAACUAAGCUAAAGUGAAUCCCCGUUGCAUAUCUACUUCUACAAAUUGUACUUAGUACGUUUGUUCAUUGAUGUGCUUUUGUCCCUUUUAAAUAAAUAAAAUAAAAUAAAAAUAAUAAAAUAGGUCUAUACAUAAUUUAGACUGCUGACCUUUUUCUGUCUUCUUCAUGAGAUCUUGCUUGGACUGUAAUGUUUACCAUGUUGCUAUUUCAUGAAUGCAACCCACAGACUUUGUUUUUGAAUAAAGCCGAAUUUAAAAAAAAAAAAAAUCUAAAACCUGAAAAUAUGUAAUACAGCCAAAUUAUGGCACUUUCGUUCUGACAGAGAUGGCGUUUCUACAGCCAAACUAUCAUGUCUGUUUUAGAUCUUCUGGCUUAUUUCCCCUGAAAGCUGGCCAUGACCUACACAAUUUUAAGCCAGACUUUAGGCAAGAUAUUCACCCCUCUGACUAUCAGGGGGUGUUUCCCAGUUGGUGUUGGUGAAAAAGAUUAUUAGUCCAAAUAAUUGUUUAGUUCCCACACAAAUAUUUUACUGCUGAUACUAGUCAGUAUCAGCAGAAAUGAACAUUUCUGUCGGUAUUUACAACUGAUAUAGGCUGUUAAUAUGUCAGCUGUAAAUAUUGGUAAGUUGGUGGCGUUUUAGGCAACAAACUCACAGUAGCUAGAGUUUUUUGGUCAUCUUCAUUUCUUAAGCUUUAAGCAUCCCUAGAUUUUAUGUUAGACUGCCUCUCAUGGAAUACCUGCACCAACCAAUGAGAGCAAGCGGACCAGUUAGCACCACCAAUCAGAUGUAACGUACUUUCCCAACUCAGUAACAUUAUCAAAAGGCAUGAGUCCAUGCUCAUUUUUCUCUUGUUUUUUUUUUUUUUUUUUUUUUCCUGCAACUAUGACUCAGGCCAGGGCAGCCAAGGAUUUCCAUCGUCCUCUAUGUUUGUUUUUUACUUCUUAAAUCGUACUUAAUCACACAAGUCUCUGCAAGAUCUCAUGUGGGUUAAAUUUCCCCUGUGAGAUUGUUACAAACCUCAGGGCCUUGCUAAGUUGUUUAGUGUGUGCAUACAGAGGAUUCGAAUUGUUUUAAACUGACCUUAUGUCUGUGGUCUCAUGUUUUUAAAACUGUCAACAAUUUGAAAAUCUUGCAGUGUUUGGCCAGCUUUACUGCUAAUAUGCCAGGCACUCCAAACAUGACAUUUUCAACAUUUUUGCUGUAAUUCUGUUAAUAAUGUUUUCAGUUCUUCAUUCAAGAAGUAGAACUACUACCAGGUGUUUAUAUGCUUCUGCAAGAAAUCCAAUUUCAGAGUACAGUGGUGGGUCACGAAGAGGGGCAGGGAUGGUUUCUGUGGCACUGUGAUUUGUAGAAAUCUUAUAAGCAAGAGAUCGCCUAAUGACCUUAACCUUUGACCUCUAAAAUCUAAUAGAUUCCUCUGAGUCAGAGCGGAUAUGUGUGUAAAGUUUAAAAAAAUUCCAGUAAGUAUUCUUCAAUUAUCACAUUCACAAGCAAGAGAUGAUCAUGAGGUGCAAUGAUCUUGACCUUUGACCAAUUACCUCUAAAAUUGUAUCACUUCUUCCACGAGUCAGAGUGAGCAUGUUUGCAGAGUUUGAAGAAAAUCCCCCAUGAAGAUUCCCCAGCUAUCGCAGGUGCAGAGGCAAAAAUAUAAUGUGUGAAACAAAAAAACAAGCAAGGAAUAAAGUGGUACUAGAAAUAUCUAUAAGAUCGGUUCAUCCAGGUUGAAAAAGAGCAGUCCCUUUGCUUUCAUGUUGCAGCAUUUUAUCAGAAAAGCAUACUAGAAAAAAAAAAACCUCCUUCAAGUAAGCACUAUCAGGAGAGUAGAAAUCACCCGCCCUUGGAUGUGUUUCUUUCAUAAUUGACUGAUAAGAAAGAACAUUUAUUUAAAGCAGAGCUCUGCCUCAUUCUGUGGCUGAUAUAGGAAAAAAACACCUACUACACACUGAAACUGAAUCCUGGGGAAACCCUGAAAACCGCUCAGAAAUUCACAAGAACAGGAAGUAAAGUUCAGAGUAAUUAACCGUAUCACUCAGCCAGAUUUUAAUGAAUUUUAUACGGCUUAUUUCCACACCACCUAAUCAUCUGACCGUCUGUUUGACUUGUUUUUUGCAGUAUGACCACUCUCAGAGAAUUCAGCAAUCAACAUGGUGAUUAAAACACAAUUAAACUGCAGUUAUCCUUCUAAGAGCUAUUGAUGAGGGCUUUAAUGACUCCAAACUAUUCUUCACUGUAUGUUUGUUCCUAUACUACUAUGUACAAAUAUUUAAAAUUAUGUACAGACAGGUAUUUUGCAAGUAUGUCAAACUAAUGUACUCUAUUAUCCAACAACUUCAAAUUGGAGUGUCUGUAAAUCCAUAUAUAUAAUCCUAGCCACCACCAACACUCUAAAUAUGAAAUAUAUGCCAGUUAUAGACAAAUACUACCCGACACUUUACCUCUCUUACUCACUAUGUAGUGGUUUGUCCUCUAGUCGACUAAUAUCCAACUACAGACAUGCCUGCAAAGGAAAAUUCAACUGUUAUAGGCUGAGGAAUGUGUGAGCACUUUAGAGCUCGUAUAUAUGAAAUUAAACCAUCACUUCUGAAUAUAUGACCACACUUAUACUAAAGAAGAAUCAAAGAUAAAUGCUUUUCCAUUAGAAUAAAGAAAUAUUAAGUCUCUGAGCUUAUUUUUCUGAUCUGAUGUAUAAUGCAAUUCAGAAACACAGAGUGUGCAAAGUUAACAUCUAUGCUGAUGAUGUAGUGUUGAAUCAUAACCACCUAAUUGAAAAACUACAAUCUAAGGAUGUGCAUUUGUCUAAUAUCUAGACAAAAUAUCUUAUUCAACUUAAUAUAAGCCACAAUCACACACCAGGUCCAGAUUAACAUCAAGAACGCAAUAAAUAAGACCAGAAGUACUGAGUGAUGGCAAGUGGAAUCAUUAAUUCUGCUACAAAAGCUCAUUUUAUUUGCCUAAUGUCUUUAAAACAGAUGCAAUUUUUUAAUUAGUUCAUGCGUUUCAUUAAGACUUUAAAGUAAAAUUUGCUUUCCACAUUGGCAGAUUAUUAUAUCAAUUAUAAAAAGUCUAGGCCUUGUCUUUGUAGUUUUAUUUCUGUGAAUAAGAUGCUUAUCUGUACUCGUUGGGUGAAUGUGGCUCAUAUUAAAGGUAUUAACGUAUUCUGACAAGAAAUUAGACCAAUAUAUAUGCUUAGAUUUGAUGUUUGCAGAGCAGUCAAACUUAAUCUACAAAAUUAAGUCACAACCAAAAAACCAGAGUGGCAGUUUUCAUCGUAAAUGAAAAGUGCAAUGUUUGAAAAAUUGUUCUUUUUUGACCUCCUGAAUCAGAGGACCUACUUUGGCUCACAACCAAAGAAGACAAAUUAUUUCCUGUUUUGUCAGAAAACAGUUUGGACUCGUUUGUGGUUUUAGUUGUGCAUGUAAGUGUGAGGGAAAAUGUUGCACUGUGGUUAAAGUUUCUGGGAUGUUGUUAGCAGCUACAACCUGUUGGCCAGCAGCAUCAAAGAGAAACACGCCUAUAAUGAGCUUGAUGUGUACAGCAUACAUGUUUAUGCUGUGAUGCAGAAAAUGUGCUGAGGUCUAUUAUGUAAAGUUAAUAAUGGGUAAAGCAGGUUUAAGAUUACUUUACUUUUUCGUCAAACUACUGUCAUGAUGUACGAAUUUAAAUGCAACAAUCAAAAAUGAUCUCAUCUCUUUCGUAUUUUUGGGUGUCUAAAAAGCAAACUCACUCCUUGUUUUCCCUCAAGGUCAACAGAGACUAAUCCAGCAACUUUCUUUUACUUUAAUGUGAAGUUUCACUCAGAUUUACUCAGGAGACAGUGACCAGUUUCAUUUCUCUUUCUUGUACAGCUCCACUCUCCUAAAAGUACCGUGAGUCAGGUUGUUCUGCUGUUUAACAAGAAGCGCACACUGAGACCUCAGCACUAAUGAACUCUCCACAACACUAAUGAGAGCUAAUGUCCACUUUGUUUAUGGUGGGACGUCUCUGCUGGUAUUAAAGGACUUUAUGAGUGUGACCAACAGAGGAAUAAAGAGUUACUUCCUCUUUCUCUCUGUCUGUAAAUAUUCCUAUAAAUAAACUGGA